UUUCUAAUUUGAAGAAGUAAAUUGACCUAUUUUAUGAUCUAUGGAAAUUUCUUUUCCUAGAUUGUGAAUGUUCCUGAGAAAGGGGCAAGGAAGCAUCCUCGGGGUGAUAACAUACAGAUAGAUACCAAAGAUAUCCUUUUUAUAUGUGGUGGGGCGUUUAUUGAUCUUGACAAAACUAUCUCCGAGAGACGGCAAGAUUCUUCAAUUGGUUUUGGAGCACCUGUUCGGGCUAACAUGAGAGCUGGUGGGGUAACCAGUUCUGCAGUGACAUCAUCCUUGCUUGAAUCGGUUGAAAGUUCCGAUCUUAUUGCAUAUGGCCUCAUACCAGAAUUUAUUGGUCGUUUUCCAAUAUUAGUCAGUUUGUUAGCCCUGACAGAGGAUCAACUUGUUCAGGUGCUCACUGAACCAAAAAAUGCUCUUGGUAAGCAAUACAAGAAGUUAUUUAGCAUGAAUGAUGUGAAGCUACAUUUUACAGAGAAAGCAUUGAGACUGAUUGCCAAAAAGGCAAUGGCUAAAAAUACGGGUGCAAGGGGUUUAAGAUCCUUACUAGAAAAUAUUCUAAUGGAAGCCAUGUAUGAGAUUCCAGAUGCUAAGAUAGGAAGUAAUAAAAUAGAUGCUGUUGUGGUAGAUGAAGAAUCGGUGGGCUCAGAAAAUGCCCCUGGUUGUGGAGGGAAGAUUCUUCAUGGAGAUGGUGCAUUGGAGCGCUAUCUUGGAGAAAUAAACUUGAAGUCAUCAACGGAAAAUGUUGCGGGGGAGUUACAGGAGGGUGAAACAAAGGAUUCAUCAAGAGCCAUGAGCUUGUAAUAUUACUUUGACUGCAAGUAUUGUUGUCAGCUGUAGAAUUUGUCAUGUAAUCAGAUUCAUAAUUUGGUGUAACUAACCUCCUGUAUAACAGGAUUAGGUUCUGGUUACAAAAUUGAAUGAGAAAAAGAAAAAAGAAGAUUCAAA